CCAUGCGGAACGCGACGGCCCGCGAGGGCCCGGGGUCGGCGGGCUGGGACCUGCUGCCGCUGUUCCCCGCGCCGCUGCUGGCGGGCGUGACGGCCACCUGCGUGGCGCUGUUCGCCGUGGGCGUCGCGGGCAACCUGCUGACGGUGCUGGUGGUGCGGCGCUUCCGCGAGCUGCGCACCACCACCAACCUGUACCUGUGCAGCCUGGCCUGCUCCGACCUGCUCAUCUUCCUGUGCAUGCCGCUCGACCUGGUGCGCCUGUGGCAGUACCGGCCCUGGACCUUCGGCGACCUGCUCUGCAAACUCUUCCAGUUCGUGAGCGAGGGCUGCACCUACGCCACGGUGCUCACCAUCACGGCGCUGAGCGUCGAGCGCUACUUCGCCAUCUGCUUCCCGCUGCGCGCCAAGGUGCUGGUGACCAAGGGCCGCGUGAAGCUGGCCCUGCUGGCCAUCUGGGCCGUGGCCUUCUGCAGCGCCGGGCCCAUCUUCGUGCUGGUGGGCGUGGAGCACGAGAACGGCACCGACCCCCGGGACACCCGCGAGUGCCGCGCCACCGAGUUCGCCGUGCGCUCGGGGCUGCUCACGGCCAUGGUGUGGGUGUCCAGCGUCUUCUUCUUCCUGCCCGUCUUCUGCCUCACGGUGCUCUACGGCCUCAUCGGCAGGAAGCUGUGGCGGCGGGGGCGCGGCGACGCGGCGGGGGGCGCCUCGCUCCGCGAGCAGAGCCACCGGCAGACGGUGAAGAUGCUCGCUGUCGUGGUGUUUGCUUUCAUCCUCUGCUGGCUGCCCUUCCACGUGGGGCGAUAUUUAUUUUCCAAGUCCUUCGAGCCCGGCUCCUUGGAGAUUGCUCAGAUCAGCCAAUACUGCAACCUGGUAUCCUUUGUCCUCUUCUACCUCAGUGCUGCCAUCAAUCCCAUUCUGUACAACAUCAUGUCCAAGAAGUACCGGGUGGCGGUGUUCAAGCUUCUGGGAUUUGAACCCUUCUCCCAGAGGAAGCUCUCCACUCUGAAGGAUGAAAGUUCUCGGGCCUGGACAGAGUCUAGUAUUAAUACAUGA